AUGUUCCUCACUGGAGAGGCAGGCUAUCAAAAGGUCAUGGAUAUUACCGGGGCGCAGUUCUGCAGGCCGCACGACGUUGCACAGUCGUUCAUGAACGAACUACCAGUUAAAGGAUCCAUCGCUCCUGGAUACGUCGGCGCCUUGCGAAGGCUUAUAAGAACUGCUGCUCUGGUGUUCCCACCAGAUUCGGGCAAUGCUCCGGAGACAUCGAUGGUCAACACUGAAGGUCUUUUGACUUCCUCAGCGCACAGCGGCCAGGUUUCUGAUUCAUAUAGGGAUACGGAGCAGACAGCAUUCUAG